UUAAUUAUUUCAUAGCGCUUAAAGCAUUUGUUCUCUUUAUUUUUAUAAUAGAUAUGAGUUACAAACUUAUGUGCCAGUUUUGAAAUUUCAAGGAUCGACCUAGCUUGGGUCACCAGAACCAAGAAGGUCAUGGAGGGUGCAGUUGUGUCCAGAGAACAAGCCCUCGAGGCCGCCGAACCCGUCGUGAUGAACGACUCGCUCUUCUGUAGAAUUCUGAAGUUGCCUGAAGAAGGAAGCAGUGAAGAUGGCAACACCUCGUCUGAUUUUCCAAGUGACCUGCAUAAUGUAGACGAUUGGUUCAAAUCUAAGAAUGAUAGCAUGUCAGGGCUGGAUUUUGAUUCCGAUCUUAAAAAUGCUGAGCUAGACAUCGGCGAUCUCUUUAACCUGAAAGGAAUGCUACAGAGUCAAUUGAGCAGCGGUGACUGCUCUGGGAUCUCUCAAGUCAGAGCAGAGCAUAGUUUAUGUCAGAGUGCAUUUGGAAAGCCUGAGUCUGCAGGAUCGAGUCACUAUGAGAAAUAUUUUCAUCUUCCCAGUGGCGCUAUUAAAGCGGGAUCUUACCCCCUGGACAGAGGCAUAUUCGAGGAGAUGUUGCUGGCAGACUCCAUGCAAAGACUAUGCAAGAACAAGAGCGUACCUCACGACGCUGGUGAUGCUAAUAAGCAAGCCUCUGAUUCAGAGGAAGUUCUUCUGCCAGCAUUCCAAGAACUCAUCUCUAGCAAUACUACAAUGGAAAGGAAAGACACGAUGCGUUCGACUCAAACUUCUAACCAGCCGUGCUUAGCUCUUGACUUUGAGAUUCAUUCUCCCCUAACAUCGAACGACCAACUGAACAAUCUCAUCACAGGAUCUUUUUUGAAGUCGAAACUUGGCAAAGAUACUCCUCAGCCCUUCUAUGUUGACACGGAUGAAGGCAUCAGCAAAGAUCAAUGCAGCAUCAAAAACCUGCUUUCUAAUUCAGCGCUUGGUGAGCUGUGCAUGGACGACCUCCGCUGCCAUGAAUUGUCUGUGUCUGAAGAAAUUGCAGGUUUGCCCAGUGAGUUUUUUUCUGUUUCAACCUGUAACUCGAUUGAAACUGACUCAAGAUUAUCCUCCAUCUUAGCCUCGAACGCACAUAACGAGAACGAGGGUGCAACGGCUGCCUGCAAGGAUCUACUAGACACAAUUGAUAAAAAUUUCCUAAAAGCUGAUCUAGGUAUCAAUCCUAAUCCUGAUCUACGUCCCUCCAAGUGGUCUUACGAGACUAAUCUCUCCAACGGUUCAUUGUUGGUGAGCAAUUGUGUUGUUGACAACAAGAAAGAUGCAAGAACUUCAUCAGUGAGUGAAAGGUUGGCUCAAUCUGAGAAAAGCAAAGAAGAGUUAGUUAAAAAUAUCAUCGAGUCUGCGUCAGCAUCCAGUGCUGUAAACUCUCUAGCUUUUGAUACAGUUGGCUGUGCGUCAUCUAUAAAUGAGAGUCACACUCUUCAAGAUGACAGAGAUUAUGCAGACACCGAUAGACCUUUGUUGCAGCACGAAAUAAAUUCAUUGCUACCUAUGCCGUCGGAGGCCUGCAAAAUUAAUUCAAAUUCGUAUACUUCUAAAGGAACCAUGAUCAUCACUUCUGCGAGUUCAAAGUCCACACAAAUCAAUUGCUCAACGGUUUCUCAAAAUGGUUUGUUCAAUUCCAACCCCGCGUUGAAACUGAUUCAAAAUCAAAGGAACAUCGCCACGUCCAGUGACAACCAAACCACCACCUACAAGACGAUCCCCAUGAUGCAGCCUUCGCUUGUGUUCAGUGCCGUCAAAUCUCACGACCGGAAGAUCAGCCUUCCUCAGAAUCUUUUACUUGCACUGCAAGGAUACAAGACGGACUCACCCGACACCGAAGGGUCUGUUCCUCCGCCCGUACCUCCUUCAGCCCUGCGGCACAAGGUAGUGAGGAUCACAAAGGCGGCGCCCCCAGCUACACGUGGGUCUUUGACCAACAUGACUAAAGUCAACCUCGAUGACUUGCGAUCUCAUAAAGGCCAGGCAAAAGUGGUCAUGUCGGUCGAUCCCAAAGUCAAUCAAACUUCAAUUUUCAUCACCUCUUCCAAUGACGAAGUCACGGUUUUUAAGGUCAAUUCAUGCGACUUGGUAAAAGCCGUGUCUUGCAUCAAAGACUCGCACCUUGACCCCCUCGGUCUAGCCCCAUGGCAACUCAUCCAGAGAGCGCAGACCGCCAGCAAGUUCAUCAAGAAAAUACAGCAGGAAAACGGACUCUUGACAGCAGAUCAGUUGAGUGCGGGUACACUCUCGCCGUCACAUAAUUUUGAAAUCAAUCAGAUGUUACCGGAAUUCAAACCUCCAGUUUCGAAAAACAAAAAUACCCCUAUCAGUUCAGCGUUCCCUUAUGCUAACGUCCCUGGAACAACAGUUGGUACUAUUCAUGUCGCGUCUAGUCCUACCGCAACUUCUGUUCGUGUGCAAAACGUCGUCGUUUCCAAGACAAGUUUUGUGACACCCUCCACAUUGACCCUUCCUCCCACCAUUGAGUCAUCCAAGGAACCUUCAUCAACGCGCGUUCCAGUUUCGAAAAACAUUCAAUCUGCUGUUGGUUCUUCAGAUACAAUUUCUUCUGCACUGCAGCUCAGUUCCUCCGCGAGUAUAACUCAAAGCCCACCAAAUUCUUCGAGCACAGCGAGAACGGCAAACUCUUUUGCUUACUCGCUCGGCAAAAAACUGUUGGUGCCGAAGGUGAGCGUGUCGCUCAAACCUGGCGCCUCACCAACGAUGGUGUCGGUCCCCUCAGUGCUGGACAGCUUGCCCCCCGUCACCUCCUUCACUGCCUCCUCGUGCCUCCCUACACGUGCAGGUACAGGCGAAGAAGACCGCAGUUUGUCUCCGGCCAUUUCAAGCUCUCGAGUUUUUACCACCACCACCACGUCAUCGGCGACGAAAACCAAAAAAGUUCGGCCCACGAGAACAGAAUCGCGGCAGAAUAUUGCCUCCUCUUCUACUUCUUCUUUGUCUCGACGAGGCCAGAAACGAAAACUUAAUGACGAUAGAGCUGCGACAAACUCGUCUAAACUGAGAGCUGUGAGCCAGAGGCCUGUACCCAAGUGCGCUAAGGAUAAGCAAGACACUCUAAACACGCAUAAAAAUAAAGGGGUAAAGCCUGCAGAGGGCUGCUAUAAGCCUGCAGAGUCAAGUGAGGAUGAGGCUUGUAGAAAAUCCCAGUCUGCAGCGUCGCCUGUCCCUGACGCAGAGAACUUGGAUCUGCUGGUGAGUCGGGCCCUGGAGUCGGUCGGAGCUUCGAUGGAUAAGGUGAUGGCUGCACAGGAGUCAUCCACACCACCCCAGUGGGCCUGCAUCCAUCCUGGCUGCUCAACCGUCUGUUCUAAGCUGUCAGCCCUCAAGGUGCAUAUCCUGAAUCACUUCCACGACCGUCCGUUCCGCUGCUCCCAGGCAGGCUGCGACUGGAGCUUCGCCUCCUCCUUCAAACUCAAGCGCCACAUGGAGACCCACCUCAAGCGUCGGGACUUUGUUUGUGAAGAACCGGACUGCGGGCGCCGCUUCACGACCAUCUACAACCUGCGGUCGCACCUCCGUCGUCACGACUGCCCCUACCAGUGGCGCUGCGGUGCCCAGGGCUGCGGCCUCACCUUCCACACCAAGCGCCUCUACCAGAUGCACCUCAAGACCCAUGCUGACCUCCAGGCUCCUUAUAAGUGCACCAUGGAGGGCUGCAACAAGUGUUACUUCAAAGCCUCGUCGCUGACGUUGCACCUCCGCAACCACAGCCGCGAUCCGUCCGAGCUGCGCUGCCAGUGGCCAGGCUGUGACAAGGAGUUCGACAAGCCCUGCCGCCUCAAGGCCCACAUGAGGAACCAUACCGGCCAACGCCCCUUCGUCUGUGAUUUUGAGGGCUGCAAGUGGUCCUUCAAGAGCUCCUCGAAGCUGACGCGGCACAAGCGUAAGCACACCAACUGCCGCAAGUUUUCGUGCCCCGUUUGCCACAAGAGCUUCCUACGCUCAGAGCACCUUAAGGGGCACCUCCUGCUCCACACGGGCGUGCGCAACUUUGCCUGCACCCAACCAGAGUGCAGUGCAAAGUUCACAGCGAAGAGCAGCCUGUACGUGCACCUCAAGAAGCACGCCAAGAAGCUUGCUUGUGUCGCGUCCCCUGAGACGGGCGGCGGCAAGGGCGGCGCCACUGCGCUGUACUGCCCCGUGCAGUCCUGUCUUAAGGGCUUCUCUUCCAAGGCUGCCCUUAAGGAACACUCCUUGACGUGCCAUUCAGCUGUCCUAGGCGUUGACGGUGGCCCCCUGGACUACAUCACGCUGGUGGGGGAGCGAUCGAGUCUCCCUGGCGACCUCCUGCACUCACCUCUCAUCAAACCAGGCCUUCCUGCAUCACCUUCGUCUUCUUUUCCUUCUCCAACUUCCUUUCAUUCUUCACCAUCGGCAUCAUUCCCUUCUCCUUGCACUUCUUCUGUUCUAUCUUCGCCAUCAGUUUCUGAGUUUCUGUCAACGUCAAUAUCUUCUUUUGCUCCUUCUUUAUCUAAUUCCUAUCUUUCUACCGGAUUUAUUUCAACAACCUUGCCUUCUCCUUUUCCAUCUUCCUCAGUUUCUACGUCCACUCAUAUCGUUCCUUUAUCACUCUCAGUCACUGCUUUCUCUCCAUGUACACAGCCUAGUCCUCUCUGUACUCUUUCUACUGCUCUCUCUACUCCUGCUUCUACUCCUCUCUUUACUCUCUCUACUGCUACGUCUCCUUCAAAUUCGUCAUUAAGGCCUUCAGAGCAAAAUACAUCUCAGGACCUCAUAACUGACAAAACUCCCCUCCAAAACGCUGCUGCGAUCAAUAAUAUUAAUUCAUCGCUAAACGUUCAAAUCAAUAGAAAUAAAUUCCCUCAGAAUACAAUUAUCAUCAGCAAGAACGUCCCCCGCGUUGCCGGUGCUGGAAGUAAAACUUUCCAGUCUAACGCCAGAGUUGUGGCGGUCACUUCCCACAUCACAGUCGACCACAGAAACGCUUCAUGUCGCUCUAAAGGAGGGACGGCGACUUCGUCAGGAGGUCUUGUGCCUUCAUCUGGAGGGCAGGUCCCUGCGUUACGAGGUCUUUUGCCAUCGUCAGGAGGUCUUGUACUCCGUUCAGAAGGUCCCAUACCAUCGUCAGGAGGUCUUGCGCCAUCGUCAUGCGUCCCAAUGUCCUUGUCCGAAGAUUUCCCGCCUUCUGCAGAAGGCCCGUCCUCUCUCUCAGAGGAGUCCUCCUCUCCGGCAGCGCUCUUGCAGGGACUUGAGCUCCUGGGGCCUCCCUUCGAUGCCGGGGCUGGGGAUGACGGACUGUGUGUGCCUCAUGGGGGGGACUUGUACCCCCCAGACCCCCUGAUGUGCCCCCACCUGCUGACCGACACGUCCACGCCCCUGCACACCCACCAGACCACCAUCAACCUGCGCGACCUGGACUAGACCAGCACCACCAGACCACCAUCAACCUGCGCGACCUGGACUAGACCUGCACCACCAGACCACCAUCAACCUGCGCGACCUGGACUAGACCAGCACCACCAGACCACAACUAAUUUCUUUAUUACAUAACUCAUUCAAAGCCUCAUAUGCGCAUCACUACAAAUGUAUAGCCAAUAAUUGUAUAACUAAUUGUACAUUACUUUCCCCAUUGUCAUGAUAAUAAGUGUACAUUAUAUUUCCUAUUAAUAUGUGAAUAUUAGACCAAUAGUAUGUGUGUAAAUGAUUGUACGAUAGUUGUUCUUUUAAAAUGUGAUAUACUGUAUUGUUUUAAGCUAAGCUACUUAUUAUGUUAAUAACUUUAACCAUUCAUCGUUUACGCGGCGUGUUGGUAAAUUGAUCGUAUAUUAAUUUGAUUGAGUUAUUGUUUAUUGUCAAUACCAAACGAUUGAUCCUCCGACGUUAGUCCCUCUUUAAUGGCGCCUUUCCGAGCUUCAUUCAAUACUUCAUGCCUGUAUUGAUAUGAUAAUUAUUGUUGGUACUACUAAAUUAGUUCUUAGUUCGUUUUAUACUUUAUACUGGGUGAUUAUAUACGAUGAUCAGGUGAUUAUCUCACGAUGAUGUGGUGAUUAUCUCACGACGUGGUGGUGAUUAUCUCACGACGAGUGGUGAAUAUCUCACGACGAUGUGGUGAUUAUCUCACGACGAUAUAGUUUCCGCAAAGCAGGAAGAAAAUUAAUUUUGUUAACAGGAAUAGUUAUAAUUUAUAACUGGAUAAGUUUUUUAAAAAUUCCGUGCGCCAAACAGCGAGUUGACUGGAGUGACGUGGAGAUGAUCAGUUAGCCGGGAGGAUAUAAUUACUUAAAUAAUAUUGUUUCAUCUGCUUUGGCAUGUACGUUAACAUUCUUUCUGGAAUGACCACGAGUUCUGUUCUUUAUAUUUUACGUUUUUCAAAUAAAUUCGACUGAAUUUC